AUGACUGGGUGCAAACUUGCUGACACCCUAGUUGAAUAUAAUUCAAAGCUUAGCAAUACUAGUAACAGUGUUCCGGUCAAUAAAGAGAGGUAUCAGCGGUUAGUUGGGAAAUUGAUAUACUUAUCUCAUACGAGACCUGAUAUUUCAUAUGCAGUGAGUGUUGUCAGUCAGUUUAUGCAGGCUCCUUGUGAAGAACACAUGACAACAGUUGAACGCAUUCUACGAUAUCUGAAAGGUACACCUGGUAAGGGGUUAAUGUUCAAGAAGUCUGAUAAAUGCUGCAUUGAAGCCUACAUUGAUUUUAAUUGGGUAGGGUCUGUUGUUGAUAGAAAAUCAACAUCAGGGUAUUGCACAUUUGUUUGGGGUAAUCUUGUGACCUGGAGGAGCAAGAAACAGGGGGGUUGUGGCCAGAAGUAG